CACAGCUCAACAGCUGCCCAGCACGUUUGUACCUUAUUGAAAAAAAACCUACAAGCCCAUGCACAAGAUGCGCGCUUUUCUGAUGAUAUGCUUGCUUGCCGUCGCUCGGGGCCAAUAUGAUUAUACACCCCAAACGCACGCUGGCGAUGGGCGUGGAGGAUUGAUCGGCACCCCUGAUGCUGGACUUGUGCAUAGUGGUGCGGCCCAGCUGUCAGAGCCCAUAGUCCAGACCAGCGAUUUCAACAAGGAAUUCUAUACGUACAGUGCACCGGAGCAGGAGUUCGACAAUGGUCCUAUUAACGAUCAAAUCACGAAUAGCUUAAGGCGGAAUUUGCGCGUGCUCUUCAUCAAAGGGCCCGAGAAUACGGGCCUGGAGCAUGCCGCCUUAAAGCUGGCAUCCACCGCCUCAGAUGAUCACACAGCCAUCUAUGUGCUGAACAAACAGGCCGAUGUUAGUGAGUUGGCCAACAAACUAAACCAGAUUAAGCUCCAGACCAACAACAAGCCCGAGGUGCACUUCGUCAAGUAUCGCACGCCCAGCGAUGCGGAGAACGCACAACGUGUCAUCCAAGCCCAAUACGAUGCGCUCCCCGGCCGCUCGACCAAUCACAAUGCCGGCACCUCGGCACAAGUCUUGGAUUUUGCCUCAAAGAGUAUAACAGUUGGAGCUACUGGAGUCUCUGCAGGCGAAGUACCCUCGAAUAGCGCGUACCUGCCGCCCAGCCGUAGGUUUUAA